UUGAGAGAAGAACCAGUUACACUAUGGCGCUUUUAUUUUAUAAUUUUCUUCUUCUUGUCUCUCUCUCCUGCGUGCGAACAUAGAACGAUUCGCCCCCCACGAUGAAGAAGAAAUCAUUAUAGAGUAACAAAGCCGGCUUAUAAGCUAAGUAAAAGCCGGCUCCUGCAUUCAAUUCCCUUUUCUCGCUGGGACUCGGUUAAGGAGAGAAGGAGAAAAGAAAGGAAAUGAAGUCGCCGUUUAAGGAAGAUAUAGUGAAGGGAAAGGUAGCACUGUUGACGGGAGGUGGCUCGGGUGUUGGUUACGAGAUAGCUCUUCAGUUGGGCAAACAUGGCGCCUCUAUUGCCAUCAUGGGUCGACGCAAGAAUGUUCUUGACUCAGCUGUUGCAGCUCUUCGCUCCCAGGGUAUUUCUGCAAUUGGUUUUGAAGGUGAUGUCCGCAAAAGACAGGAUGCAAUAAGAGUUUUGGAAUCCACUGUUAAGUACUUUGGACGGCUGGACAUUCUUGUCAAUGCUGCAGCUGGAAAUUUCCUUGUGCCAGCUGAAGAUUUAACCCCUAAUGGAUUUCGAACAGUGAUAGAUAUAGAUGCAGUCGGCACUUUUACUAUGUGUCAUGAGGCCCUCAAGUAUCUUAAGAAAGGAGGACCAGGAAAGGACCCAUUUAGUGGCGGAAUAAUAAUUAACAUAAGUGCAACUUUACAUUAUACAGCUACUUGGUACCAAAUACAUGUAUCUGCUGCCAAGGCUGCUGUGGAUAGCGUCACAAGAAGUUUGGCACUGGAGUGGGGAACAGAUUAUGACAUUAGGGUCAAUGGGAUUGCACCAGGUCCUAUUGAGGACACUGCCGGUCUUAGUAAGCUUGGACCUGAUGAGUUAGUGGGCAAAGCUAGAUCUAUGCCUUUGUUUAAGUUUGGGGAGAAAUGGGAUAUUGCAAUGGCUGCUUUGUACCUUACAUCUGAUGCAGGUUAGCUAAUCUCGGGAAAUACAUAAAUGGGAUAACGUUGGUUGUUGAUGGAGGACUUUGGCUGAGCAAACCCCGUCUACUGCAAAAAGAGACGGUGAAGGAACUGUCAAUGAUGGUGGAGAGAAAGUCUAGGAGUUCACAAGUUGGUGUCCCAAAAAGCAAAAGCAAACUCUAAGAGAUUAUCCAUGAAGAUUAGUUUAGUUCUUGUAAGCUUCAGCCCCGUUCUGAUCAUGAUUACAAUUUAUCAGUAAUGACAUUGUACAGGCCUGCUUGGCCAUAACGUUUUCGUGUUGUGAAAAACCAGGGUGUUGCUGUAUAAUAAUUAAAGAUUCCAAAGAUUGUUGCCACUGUUAA